UGUGCACGGCGUCCAGCAAGAUAUCGUUGGUACGAUGCGGGCCUUGUUCAGCUGGACAGGGUGCUCGCUGGCUCCGCUGAUACUAGUGCUAGUGAUUCGGCAUGGUCAAGCUCUCGUUUCGCCAUUCAGGCAAGCUUCAGCUGUUUUCAUUGCUUCCGUGGCACGCACAUAUUGCAGGAAACACACCGCAUCAUCAUCAUCUGCAACAACGGCAAUGGCACGAUCGGGGGAAGAGGCACCAGCAGCACAUUGCAGGGUGGGGAGAGCAACAGCGCUGAAUGCCUCUGCUGGUGCUGAUGGCGAAGACACGGGUGAAGAUGUCCGACAGCGGGCCCAAGACAUGCAUUCGACCAUGACGUCGGAAGGGAAGGACGAGGUGCGGAAGAACGCAAGCCGAGAAGCGCACAACCGACGACAGGCGGCAGUUUUCGACUCAAAGGUGGCGUUCUUUUCUUCGCCGCAGGCGACCCCGAAAGAGCAAUUUCCGUCGUUGCGGCGCAUUGCGGAGGCGUGCCGCCCUAGCGCGGAUGGGGCCCCGCGGGUGGUGGACGCUGGGUGCGGGACUGGGGCCCUGGUCUCUUUCCUAAAGGAAGCCGGCGUGAAGGAGAGGGACGUUACGGGGGUAGACGUGUCUCCGGAGAUGGGCACCGCCUUCAAGGACCGGUUCCCGGAAUCGGAGAUCAUCACCGCCGAGUUUGUUAACUACGCGGACGAGUUCGUGUCUCUUCGGGAACGGCUGUCCGCCAUCGCCGCUGCCGGCGACGGCGCCGCGGCGGCUGAGGCCGGCGAAGCGGGCGGAGAAGGCGCCAAGGGUGCAGGCGCCAAGGGUGCAGCGAAGGCGGCCGACGAGGAAGAGGAGGCCGGAGGCGUGGGGACUGUGGUGUUCAACGCGGUGUUUGGCAACCUUUGGGACCAGGGCGCGGCGCUUGAGCGAGCCGCGAACAUUCUUGAGGAGGGGGGAAAGGUCGUGAUAUCUCACCCGCUGGGGCGGGACUUUGUGAGCCGACUCAAGGCUGUCGACGACACGGUUGUUCCGCACGAGCUGCCGGAGCAAGACGCUCUGGAACGCUUGGUGCAGUUCCUGCCCUUGGUGAUGGAUUCGUUCGAGUCCGGGCCGGAGCUCUACCUCGCCGUGCUGAGGAAGACGCCGCACAGGGCGUCGGGGACGGUGCGGUACCUGAGAGGGAAGGUAUCCACGGGGUACGGGCGUGGCAGCAAGAAGCUAGGAGUGCCGACGGCGAACCUACCCGAGUCCCAAUUCGCGGAGAACCUCCGGACUCUGCCCACUGGUGUGUACUUCGGCUGGGCCGCUCUCGAGGGUGCCGCGACCAAAGAGGGAGAAGGAGAUGAGGGCGAUGCGAGCGGCGGCGGUCGCGACGGCGGGGAGGGUCCUUGGAAGUGCGUGGCCAAUGUCGGGUACUCGCCGACCUUCGCCGGCCAGGAGAACGCAGAGAAGAUUGUGGAGGGCCACCUCAUCGGAUACGAAGGCGAGGAUUUCUACGGCAGGACUAUACGGAUGUUGCUGGCGGGCUUCCAGCGGAGAGAAAAGAAGUUCGCGUCGUUCCCGGAACUGGUCGCCACCAUCAACAAGGAUGUCAGGGACGCAGCGGCGGCCCUGAAUGAACCUCGGUUCUCCGCGUUUAAGGCGGAUGCGUUCUUCUCUGGAAGGCCGGCGGCGACCGGGGAGCGGAGUACGACCGCGGAGGCGUGGUCCACGCGAGACUUUGAGGCCGCAAUGGAGGAAGCCGCUCGAGGGGCGGACAAGUGAAGGGGAGUGCUGCUGUCGGUGGGCAAGCUGCCGUGUCACUCCUCGCGCCCCGCUCGCUUCCAGCACGCGCAACGCUCACCCUCACAUAGCGUACUUGUUGUUGGCAACAGCAAGCAGCAACACUGUAGCAGUAGCGUUUGUAGAUCUUUGGUUGUGACGCUAUCGUCCUUCUGUGACGUCGUGUGUGUUUUUCCUAUGUUUUGUUUUACUCGAAUAUACGUCUUGGUUGCUGCAAUGGCAAUGCUUUAUGGAGUCCAUUUUUGGUUGAAAACUGAAACUUUGGAUAAAGACGGGAAUGUGCUUCACAAUUCACAAUCUCUCUGGUAAAAGCAAGCAUCUUUCGAUGAAACCUGACGUUUGGCGAAGAAUUCGGCUGGGAAACGAACAUGUGCCUCGGAGGCCGUGCUUGUUGGUGUUGGUAGUUUGACCACAAGCCUCCCUCACUGCUUGGGGAGUACCCGACUCCAAAAUACAAGUGAAAUGGCCAUGUUGUCGAGAGUUUACUAUCCACACGGUUGAC